CAUGUGGAGUGCGCAAGUACUGUAGAGUGAGGAGGGACUCAGAGGGAGGGAACAUGAUUACAGAGUGUCUAUUACUGUUGCAUGCUGAGCUUGUCAUUCAAUGAGAUCUGGCUCUCUGCCUCGCUCUCCCCUUUCACCCAUCCCCAUCAACUCCCUCUCUCUCUUCUUCAUCUUCCUGCUUCUUUUCUCUCUCUGGCUAUGGCCCUCGAUCUUCCCUCCUGUUUUUUUCCAUAAAUUUUUGGAUUCGAUUUUCUUUGGCGGAGAAACACGGUGGGUAAUCGCAAUAACUCUUUUCCUCUCUACCCUGUUCAUCUUUUCGAAAUCUGCGCCAUUUUUCCUCCUGCCCUCGAUCUUAUGCCAGCGAGCCGAACGCUGCCGCUGCACUCCCCUUCUCUUCCUCCUGUUCUUCUCUGUCUCCGGAGGGGAAAUGGCGGUGCCUCCCCAUCGCCAAUCCGAUCGACCGGGGCCUUCUCCUGUUGUGUUUGUUCCUGUGCGGGUGCUUGCCUGAUCCCUUCUGGAAACUGAGUUUGAUUGCGGGUGCUUUGAGCUUUCGUGCUUCUGUGCUUCCUUGUGUGUAUCUUGGCAUCUUUUUGCUGAGGGGAAUGAACCCUCUGUGCUGCAUUGCUCCCGUUUCGCUCGACCGCGAGCGGAGUGACUCUGCCGCUGUCGUCUCUACCAGAGGAUCUGCUCCUCCGUUGCUGGAAGAUCCCAGCUUCAGGUGCGGCCGGAGUUCGAAUUCGAGCGUCAACGGUAGUAGCAAGCACGGUGGUGGCAGUUGCCAUACUGUCAACAAUGGUGGCUGCUCGGAGAAUGGACAGGAUUCGUACAGACCAAAAGAGACCGCGGUGUCUGUGGCAUCAACGACUGCGGUGGGACUGUCGGACGGGGCCGGAGUGGAUGGACGGAAUGUGGCAGGAAUACUGUAUAAAUGGGUGAACUAUGGGAAGGGAUGGAGAGCCCGCUGGUUCGUUCUCGAAGAUGGCGUUCUUUCGUAUUACAAGAUCCAUGGGCCGGAUAAGAUCUCCGUUAGCGCGGAGACGGAGAAGGGAGUUCGCGUGAUAGGCGAGGAGUCCGUUAGGCAUAUGAGGAAGCAGAGUUGGGGUAAUGGUGUGUUGAUGAAAAAGAGGAAGCCCUUUGGGGAGGUUCACUUGAAGGUUUCUUCAAUUCGGGGCAGCAGGUCAGAUGACAAAAGAUUCUACAUUUUUUCGGGCACAAAGACACUUCACUUGAGAUGUGAAUCUCAUGAAGAUCGAGCCUAUUGGAUUGAGGCACUCUUGUCUGCUAAGGAUCUUUUCCCUAGAGUUGUUACAAACGGUGAUUCAUCUGCAGAUGAAAUUACUGUAUCAACUGACAAACUACGGUGCCGUUUGCUUCAGGAAGGUCUAAGUGAGACAUCAAUUAGGGAUUGUGAGUCUAUUCUGUUGUCUGAGCUUUCUGAUUUACGAGAUAAAUUGAAGUCUCUUCAGCAGAAACACUACAUCCUACUUGACACACUGAGACAGCUAGAGACAGAGAAAGUGGAGCUGGAGACUACCGUAGUUGAUGAAAGUAAGGAGAGAGAUAUGGGAAUUGUAAAUGGGAGAUUAAGUGAUUUUUAUUCAAUUCUGUCUGAGGGAACUGGUACAGAUUCUGAAGCAGAUAAUGAAAGCCGAGAUGGUCCAGAUGGAGAAACUGAUGAAGAUGAUGGAGCAUUUUUUGAUACAAAAGAAUUUUGGGCAUCCGAAUCUUUAAGAUGUUCUUCAACUCGUGGUGGAGAGUACAAAAACCUAGUAGAUGGUUGGUACACAGGCUUUUCAAGUGAUGCUGAUGCAAGAGUAAGGACUAUUAACUUCCCUUAUGUUAGGAGAAGGAGCAAGUUGCCUGAGCCGAAAGAAAAAGAAAAGCCUGUUGGCCUGUGGUCAAUUAUCAAAGAGAACAUAGGGAAAGAUCUUUCUGGAGUUUGUCUUCCUGUCUAUUUUAAUGAACCGCUGUCUUCCUUACAGAAGUGUUUUGAGGAUUUGGAGUACUCUUACUUGGUUGAUCAGGCCUCAGAGUGGGGUAAACAGGGGAACAGCCUGAUGCGGAUUCUAAGCAUCGCGGCUUUUGCUGUAUCUGGUUAUGCAUCUACAGAAGGCCGGCAAUGUAAACCUUUCAAUCCUCUGCUCGGGGAGACUUACGAGGCUGAUUACCCUGAUAAAGGCCUUCACUUCAUUUCUGAAAAGGUGAGCCACCACCCAAUGAUUGUUGCAUGCCAUUGUGAGGGCAGAGAAUGGAAGUUUUGGGCUGAUUCAAACCUGAAGGGCAAAUUUUGGGGUCGAUCCAUUCAACUUGAUCCGAUAGGGGUGCUUACACUCCAGUUUGAUGAUGGGGAAACUUUUCAAUGGAGCAAGGUGACCACCUCCAUUUAUAACAUUAUAAUUGGCAAGAUCUACUGUGACCAUUAUGGUACUAUGCGCAUUAAAGGCAGUGGCAAUUAUUCUUGCAAGCUUAAAUUCAAGGAACAGUCAAUCAUUGACCGGAAUCCCCAUCAGGUACAAGGAUUUGUGCAAGAUAAUAGAACUGGACAGAAGGUUGCUAUGUUAGUGGGAAAGUGGGAUGAGGCCAUGUAUUAUGUACUGGGUGAUCCUAGUACAAAGCCCAAAGGUUAUGAUCCCAUGUCAGAAGCGGUGCUGCUAUGGGAAAGGGACAAGUCUAUUCCUCAGACUAGAUAUAACCUCACGCCUUUUGCUAUCUCUUUAAAUGAGUUGACACCUGGUUUGUCGGAGAAGCUUCCUCCAACUGACUCAAGGCUUAGACCCGAUCAACGUCACUUGGAGAAUGGCGAAUAUGAGAUGGCUAAUGCAGAAAAGCUUAGGCUUGAACAGUUGCAGAGGCAGGCACGAAAGUUGCAGGAAGGUGGGUGGCAACCUAGAUGGUUCAAGAAAGACAAGGAAGAUGGCUGUUAUCGAUAUGUUGGUGGCUACUGGGAAGCAAGGGCGAAAAGGCAAUGGGAUGGGAUUCCAGAUAUAUUUGGCCAGGCAGCACCAUCAGCAGAGUGCCCUACACCUGUUGAGCAAGGCAAUAAAUGAAUUCAAGGAAGUGUGUGCGUAUGGUGGAAACCAUGGCGUUUAACAGCUCAUAACAAUGUUUCAAGGACCUUAAAUGGCAAAAGAAGAAGAAGAAGAAGAAGAAGAAGAAGAAGACUAGACAUUUUUGCAGGUGGCAGAAGCUAGGCUAACCCAUUCAUGGACUUUAAGGGCGUUCUAACCGUGCUUAUUCCUUUUUGAGGUUCUUGAAACUAACUGAAGUUAUCUGCUUGGCGAAGGUCGGUCGAUUGCCAACUUGGCCCGCACAUUGUUCAUAGUAGAAAAAGCUAACUUGCAGUAUGACGAUCGAUUUCCUUUUAAUCAAAAUGUUUCUAUGCAUAAUGAAAAGGCAUUGUAAGUUCAUCA